AUGAUAGGAUAUAGAAGAAUAUGAUGUUCAAACGAUUCAUUUAGAAUUUGAUUGCUCUAUUGAUCGGUUCUUUCGAUUCGAAAAUCGCUGACGACCAAUACGAUAAAAUGUUACAAUUCCGUACAAAUGUGAAUCGAUGUUUAGUAUGUGGAGAUCGAGCUUCCGGUCGUCAUUAUGGAGUAUUAAGCUGUGAUGGAUGUCGUGGAUUUUUUAAGCGCAGUGUUCGUCGUAAUUUGAAUUAUCAUUGCAAACAUAAUAAUCAAUGCCAUAUCAAUAUCAAUAAUCGUAAUCAAUGUCAAGCUUGUCGAUUUAGAAAAUGUUUGGCAGUCAAAAUGAAACCUGAAGCUGUUCAACAUGAGCGAAUUAAUCUAACCACUUCAUCAGGUAGAAAAUCAAAUCACAUAAUCAAUGGUAAUGGACCAUCAAUCAAUCCGACAACUUCAACAUCAUCUUGCGGAAAUAUUCGACGAAAACAGACUGUCAGAUUGAAUGAUUCUUCAUUAUCUGCAAGAUAUGCUGAUAACAUUAAUAAAAUAACAACUUCUACAACAUUAUGGAACAAUGCAAAUCUGUCCAACUUUCAGUUGGUUCUUUCAUCCGAUGAAUCGGCCAUAUUGAAUCAUAUGCAAAAUUAUCGUCAUGCCAGUUAUUCAAAUACAACAAUAUCGCCAGUAAUGUUUAUUCAUAUUUAUCAUCUCAUCGCAAAUGUUGUUGAUUGGUUUUUCAAAAAUUUCACCUUCAAUAAUACAGCUAAGAAAGAUUAUAUACAUCUAUUGGAAGAAUCAUUGAAUAGAUUGCUUAUCAUUGAUCUAUCGGUUCAUCACAAUUUUUCUUCACCAUAUAUUCGUUAUAUAUACGAAUGUUAUUUUGUCAAUCAACAAGAUCAGAAAAUCGUGAAUGAUGUGAUUCCUUUUAUAAAUUCAUUGCAAUUAGAUAUGGCAGAAGUGGAUAGAUUGAAAUUGUUGAUUUUAUUACAAUCCGAUCAUGUUUCAUAUAUACCACAUUUGGCAACAAUUUCAUCAUUGUACGAUCAGGUACAGAUGCAAUUCUAUCAAGAAUUGAAAAGAAAAAUGUCUGGAACGGAUGCUGAAUCAAUAAGUCAUCUAAUUGAACAAAUAAUGUUAUUGUUGUCCACGAUGAAACGUUUACGGAAAUCUCAUUUUCAUCCAAUUCAUUGUGCAUUUUUACGCUGGGUUUCAUUGAAUCAUCAUCAGUCCAAUACCAAUACUAAUGCUAAUAAUAAUAAUCAAAAUAACACAGGAAUCGGAAUUUAUAACAACAAGAACAUCCUGUUGGGUCAUUCAAACAUAUAGGAUAUUGUUAGAUGUCAGAUUAAAACACAUUCAUAUUUGUAACGAGGA